UCUAAAAAUAAAAAAAAGUUUGAAAGUGUUUUUUAUGUUUUUUCAUUUUUACUUGUAAUUAAAACUAAAGAAAAAAAUCCAUGGUCUGGAUUGAAAUGAAACUUCUUCAAAGUAUAUUAAUUUAUACCAAAGAUAUAGUUUAUUAUCGAUAAUAAAUGAUUAAAAGAAUUAUGAUUCGAAAAUACAGAGCCAACCAAAAAUUUAUUAUUAUUGCCAUUAUUUUAGGCAUUACAAUAUUUUAUAAUGAUUAUUUUGCAUACGAAAUUCAGAAAUUUAAAUGGGCAACUAAAGACUGCAAUCAAUGUGUCAAAGUAUUAUUUGUCGCAGACCCACAAAUAAUAGGUGAAGUAAAUGAAAAUUAUUUUGGCUCAUGGUUCGCACGGUGGGAUAGUGAUAGAUAUUUAGCAAAUACAUUCUCAAGAGCUUUAAAACAUUCUCAACCUGAUGUGAUAGUUUUUCUUGGUGACUUAAUGGAUGAAGGUCACAUUGCUAAUUUGGAAGAUUUUACAAAGUAUAAAAAUAGAUUAGAUAAAAUAUUUGAAACCCCAGAGCAUAUUAUGAAAAUUUAUUUACCGGGUGAUAAUGAUAUAGGAGGUGAAGAAGAUCAUGUUAAACCUCGUAUUCAUGAUAGAUUUAAAUUUGCAUACUCGCAACCAGAUACUUUAACUCAUAAAGACGUAAUUUUUUUUAAGGUAAAUAGAUUGACUCGUUAUAUGCCAAAUGCACCAAAAGAUGCUUUUUUAAAUAAUUAUAGAGAUAGAAAUGUUACUAAUGUUGUUCUUAGUCAUAUACCACUUUUAUUUACACCAGGAAUUUUUGUUAAAAAUGUAAUGAAAGAGCUUUCACCACAAUUAAUGUUCACAGCUCAUGAGCAUAAAGCUUUACACUUAAGUUUUGAUUCAACAAUUGACCAACUCAGUGUUGUUUGGGCUUUUCCACCUCAUGAAAAUCAAUUUUAUAAUUUUAGAAUGGAAUUAAAUGAUAUACACGAGAUUCAAGUACCCACAUGUUCUUAUAGAAUGGGUACACGUUCUAUGGGCUAUGGAUUAGCUCACAUUGAUACUCAAGAUAAAUCUUUAGAAUUUACAGUUUUAUGGUUACCAGAACGUUUUCCUAAAUUAUUAGGAUAUCUUUUAGUGGUAACAAUAAUAAUUGUUCUUGUUAAAUGUACAUUAAUAUGCAGUUGCUGCACGUCGCCUAAUCAUGUGGCCUACUCUCCAAUACCCAGAGUAUAAUCAUUUCUGAUUACGGCAGACGAUUUAUAUCUUUCUUAUUUAUAUAUGAAAGUACACAUAUAUUUAUUAGUAUUAAUAUAUAUGUAGAAUUAAUAAUUCUACUACACAGAAUCCGUUCAUUAUUUCUAGCCAAUGCUAUU